AUGGAAAAAGAGGAUAUUUUUACAUCAGUUUUUCAACAAAAUCAAUUAACGUCUUUUAAAGAUGUAACAAAAGAAUUCUUUGAAGCAUUAAAAGAUCUUUCUCUUGGAGAAUUAGUACAUGAUUCAUCUUUUUCAUUAGAAGAUUCAAUUAGUGCACUUGAAAUGAUGGAUCCGAAGAUGGAUAAUAGCCUAGAAAUAGAUAAUGAAGUGAUAUGGGAUGUAGAAGCGGAAUUGGAGCCAUAUAAAGUUCUUGGUUUAAUAGAUAAAACCUUUGCAGCAGAGAUAUCAUGGCAAUCGGGGUAUUUUUUAUCACAAACAGUGUUUACGAAUGUAUAUAUUCAAAAACUAUUACUAGAACGCCAAGGUGUUAUUCAUAUAAAUGAUUUUUACAUGAAAAACAAAAAAAAACAGACGAUAUAUAAAGAUUUAGUGGAUGUUGUUAUAUGGCCGUUUAUGAUUGCUUCAAUUAAGACAUGUGGUAUUUUUUGCCAAACGUUUAGUAAAGGCACUCUUUAUGAAGAAGAAGAAGUGUCUUUCAAUACUUAUGGUUUAUCUUUACUUGAUAAUAUUGAUACAGUUCAAAUUUUAGAUUUGUUGGAAUUCUCUAUCUCGUGGUUGGAUAGUCAUAGUAGUGAAUUUGAAGAAAAAGAUCAUAAAUAUAUCGAAGUUAUCCGGUCUAGAUUGGAAACCAAAAUAUCUUUUUUGCGUGCCUUGAAUUCCUCAUCAGCAGUCGAAACAAUUAAAGAUCUUGAAUAUCUUAUUAAUAAAGAAAAUUUAAUUUUUGAUUUCGGUAAAGAAAUGGAUAUAUUUUUUUCUAUUUCUGUUCAAGCUAAACUUUCAACUACUAUGCCUCCUAGGCCUAUAAUGAUUCUUCCAAUGGAUAUUGUAUUCAACGAUUUUAAACAUUUAUGUGAAGAUUUUCGAGGAAUAUUGUUAUUAAGCAUUGCAAAUCCAUCUACUUUAACACCUUCAAAUAUUCUAAAUUUUUUUAGAUAUUUUAGAGCUAAAAAGCCUACUUCUGGUAUAUUUGUUCGAACUAUGCUUCAGACUUUAUUUUUUUCAAAUAAUAAUAUGAUUUUAAAUAAGUAUCCUAUUCAUCAAUUUAUCAUGGAUUCUAUAUCUGAAAUAUACUCGACAAAAGAACUGUUUAAUGUUAUCAAUGAAUCUAACGAAACUUAUGAUGAUUCGACAUAUUGUAUUUUUAAUUCUAUAAAUAAUUUUAUUAAAACAGCUACUCCUGUUUAUAUCAAUAUUUUUCGUACAAUGUGUCACAAUCUUUCUCGUCAGCAUCAAAAUUUUUGUAAACUUAUUUUAGAUCUAGAGUUUCUUCAAACUGAGGCAGAAAAUAUUGAUAUGCAAUUAUAUUUUCACUUUUUUGAAGAUUCAAUUCAAAAGCAAGACAAUAUAUAUCCAAAUAUUUUCACAUCUUGGUGUUAUUAUGAAAAGCUACAAAUAAUGAUUUUGAUUUGUUUCUUAGGAUUUGAAUUAGAACUUCACUCAUCGCAUGAAUUAUCAUUAAUAUAUAGGUAUUUAGAUUAUUUGUUAAAGAUAUAUCAAGCCCAUUUAAACGAAAUAUCUUCUUAUAAUAUUCGCUUUUCUAACAAGAAAUAUCCAACUAUAUGUUUUUCUGAAAAAAGUGAUACUAUUUUAGCUACUCAACAAAUGAAAUUUGAUCAAGAUUGGACCAAUGGCUUACAAUUGUUAUGCAAUUCGUUUUAUAAAGUUAUUUAA